UACUGGUGGUCAGAAAAGUUGUCAGUCCGGUCCACAUUUCCGCUACGUGCACCCCCUCCGCCUCCAAUCCCUCCCAUUUCCAACCACUUGCUUUUCCAGCUGCUUUGAGGUCAGUCAGGAUCCGUGAAACUGUCCUGCGAGCAGACCCACGGACACGAGGAUAGUGUGCAGAAAACCACGCCAGUCAUUAUGCUGCUCAGUCUGUCCAGAACCGUCGGCGGGUGAUUAAAAGACAGUUUGAAGGACCGGGUUGCCUUUUGCUGGAACAAGCCGUGGACAUUUGCCCAAGGAAAGGGUUACUUGUUUGGGAGGAAACUCUUCCAGCGCGCGCUGUGUUUUGAUCGCACAAACGGCGGAAUCGUGUUGGGAACUCGGGAGAGGAACAUUUGCGGCGUUUGGCUUUUGGGAUUUUUUUUUUAGCCUGAACAACUUGAAAAAUCUCUGGGAUGCACUGGCCGCUGUAGGGAGAUCUGGAAAUCGGAACCGCCCCCAAAACAAACCAGUUUACAAACAUUCUCGGAACUGAACUCUUGAUAUUUCGAAUCGCUGUUGAAAAUGUCGAAUCCUCCAGUGAAGUUCAAAAAGGAUAAAGAGAUCAUUACAGAGUACGAGACUCAAGUCAAAGAGAUUCGAGCCCAACUGGUGGAACAGCAAAAAUGUCUGGAGCAGCAGACAGACAUGAGGGUCCAGCUCCUUCAGGAUCUCCAAGACUUCUUCCGCAAGAAGUCCGAGAUCGAGAUGGAGUACUCACGCAACCUAGAGAAGCUCGCCGAACGCUUCAUGGCCAAGACCAGGAGUACCAAGGACCAUCAGCAAUAUAAGAAAGACCAGAAUCUCCUGUCUCCGGUCAACUGCUGGUACCUGUUGCUGAACCAGGUUCGACGGGAGAGCAAAGACCAUGCAACACUGAGCGACAUUUAUCUGAACAACGUAAUCAUGCGCUUCAUGCAGAUUAGUGAGGACUCCACGCGCCUUCUGAAAAAGAGUAAAGAAAUCACCUUUCAGAUGCAAGAGGAUUUGAUGAAAGUCCUCAAUGAGCUCUACACGGUGAUGAAAACCUACCAUAUGUAUCACACGGAGAGCAUCAGUGCCGAGAGCAAACUGAAGGAGGCUGAGAAGCAGGAGGAAAAGCAGAUCGGACGUGGUGGAGAUCCCGUCUUUCACAUCCGACUAGAGGAUAGACACCAGAGACGGAGCUCUGUGAAGAAGAUUGAGAAGAUGAAGGAGAAGAGGCAGGCCAAGUACUCGGAGAACAAGCUGAAGUCGAUCAAAGCUCGUAACGAAUACCUGCUGACGCUCGAAGCCUCUAAUGCUUCAAUCUUCAAGUAUUACAUUCACGACUUGUCUGAUUUAAUAGAUUGUUGUGAUCUGGGAUAUCAUGCCUCUCUGAACCGGGCUCUGCGGACUUACCUCUCGGCCGAAUAUAACCUGGAGACAUCUCGUCACGAGGGCCUGGACAUCAUUGAGAACGCGGUGGACAGUCUGGACCCCCGUAGUGACCGCCAGCGCUUCAUGGAAAUGUACCCUACUGCUUUCUGCCCGCCUGUUAAAUUUGAGUUCCAGCCACAUAUGGGUGAUGAGGUGUGUCAGAUCACGGCCCAGCCUCCAGUGCAAGCAGAACUCCUCCUGAGGUUCCAGCAGCUUCAAUCCCGUCUGGCCACUCUAAAGAUCGAGAACGAAGAGAUCAAGAAGACCUCCGAGGCCACUCUCACUACUAUCCAGGACAUGGUGACCAUCGAGGACUAUGACGUGUCCGAAUGUUUCCAUCACAGCCGCUCUACUGAAUCAGUCAAGUCCACCGUGUCGGAAACCUACCUCAGCAAGCCGAGCAUCGCCAAGAGACGUGCCAACCAACAGGAGACGGAGCAGUUUUAUUUUAUGAAGUUUCGCGAGUAUCUAGAGGGCAGCAAUCUCAUCACCAAGCUUCAGGCAAAGCAUGAUCUACUGAAGAGGACCCUCGGUGAUGGUUACCGGCCUGAGUAUGCAACUACAAGGCCUCCCAGUCUUCCUCCUAAACCGUUUGGCACACAGAGGCCCAGGCCACGCUCUGUAUUUAACGUUAAGCUGUUUAAUGGCAAUUUGGAGUCAUUUGUUAAGGACUCUGGACAAGCAAUACCAAGAAUUGUUGAGAGCUGUAUUCGAUUCAUUAACUUGUAUGGCCUUCAGCAUCAAGGAAUAUUCAGAGUGUCUGGAUCUCAAGUUGAAGUCAACGAUAUCAAGAACUCUUUUGAAAGAGGUAAUGAUCCCCUGACAGAUGAAGAGAAUAACCACGAUAUAAACUCUGUUGCGGGAGUUCUGAAACUCUACUUUCGAGGUUUGGAGAACCCACUGUUUCCAAAGGAAAGAUUCAAUGAUCUCAUCUCUUUUGUCAGAAUAGAAAAUCUGUAUGAGAGAUCACUGUAUAUACGAAAGAUCCUUCUCACUGUACCCAGAUCAGUGCUCGUGGUCAUGCGAUAUCUGUUUGCCUUCCUCAACCACUUGUCCCAGUACAGCGAUGAAAAUAUGAUGGACCCCUAUAACCUGGCCAUCUGCUUUGGCCCCACCCUCAUGCCCACUCCAGAAAAUCAGGACCAGGUGUCCUGCCAGGCCCAUGUCAAUGAGGUCAUCAAAACCAUCAUCAUCCACCACGAGACCAUCUUUCCUGAUGCGAAGGAGCUUGACGGCCCCAUGUACGAGAAGUGUAUGGCAGGCGGAGACUAUUGUGAGAGUCCAUACAGUGAACAUGGAGCUCUUGAGGAAGUUGAUCAGGAUGGAGUAGCAGAGACCCACACCAGUGAGGAUGAGGGGGAGCCCAUUGAAGCCAUUGCAAAAUUUGAUUAUGUGGGCCGUUCUGCACGGGAACUGUCCUUUAAGAAGGGUGCGUCUCUACUGCUGUAUCAGAGAGCGUCAGAUGACUGGUGGGAGGGCAGGCACAAUGGCAUAGAUGGACUAGUGCCUCACCAAUACAUCGUUGUACAGGAUAUGGAUGACACGUUCUCUGACUCUCUGAGCCAGAAGGCAGACAGUGAGGCCAGCAGUGGACAUGCAGGAGAGGAGAAAUGCUCCAGCAGAGACAUCGGAUCUCCAACAGACAGCAGAUUACCUGAUUCCUACAUCAGCAGCAGGCACAGGAAGAGAAGUGACCCCCCGACCCGCAGGCCUCCAGCUCGCCCAACCGAUGCCCACUGCUUGGUCCACCCCUCCCAGAGCCAUCACGGCAGUCACGGCAACCCAGAUUUGGGAUCCCCAGUGAUGGGCCACUACAGUCCGCGGGACCUGCUGAGAGGAAGAGGACACAUGCCCAUGGAUAGUCCCGAGAGACGCCGACGGACCGGUCAUGGCAGCCUGACCAACAUCAGCCGACACGAGUCCGUGAAAAAGAUGGAGAGCCCUCCCAUCCGUAGGUCCACGUCUUCGGGCCAGUACACAAGCUUCUCCGAGCCUCACGGCAAGAGUCUGGAUCCAGAAAGCAUCGCACAGGACAUAGAGGAGACGAUGAACACUGCUCUAAAUGAGCUGAAGGAGCUCGAGCGGCAGAGUUCUGCGAAACACGCCCCUGACGUGGUGCUGGACACCCUGGAGCAGAUGAAGAACGCUCCCACACCGGCCAGCUCCACGGAGUCCCUGAGCCAACUCCACGGCCUCCUGCUGCGGCCCGCCGUCACGGAGCCGCCCAUGCGCCGCAGCACCAGCUCCUCCAGCGAUACCAUGAGCACCUUCAAGCCCGCUGUGGCCCCGCGCAUGGGUGUGCAGCUCAAGCCCCCCGCCCUGCGGCCCAAACCCAUGGUGGCCGUACCCAAGACUGGAGCAGCGCAGCAUCCAGCGGCCCCUCCAGAGGAUCCACUGGACAAAUCCUGCACCAUGUGAUACAUUGUGGGCGAAACGUUUAGGGACAAAGAGGACCGUGGCAGUCAGAGCCAGAUUUAUAGUGGAAUUUAUUCCCAAUGAACAUGGUUCUUAAUUUUUUGCAACAUUUCAUUCAGAGAGUGGACUCAAGCAAAUAUAGAUAACUAAGGAUACUAGAAAUAUGUUACUGUGGUUAAUGAGGUGAUAGUAGUUAGUGUGUAUACAAUUCCAACACUAUUAAAGGGAUUAUUAAUAAACUAGAAUAACAUCGGUCACUAAGCAUGGUUCUGAGGAAGAGUAGAGUUAGUUAAACAGGUGUUUACUAUUUCAGAGAUUACAUUUUCUCCGUUUACUCGAUUCCAACAAACAUUUUUAGAUUUUCUAGACACCUGCAACUAACGGAAAGCAGUUUAUUUGUUCUCAAAUACUGUUUGCCUGCUUGUCUGACACUUCGUUUUUCCCCGCAAUACUCUGUGUGAAUAGAUUAAGGAGUUGUGUUGAAGAUAUUAAAGAAAGCAACAAAUCAAUACAGCUUCCUGCGUUAUGUUGUUAGGGUGACUUUUUUUGUUUCAGUAGUUUACAUCCACUAGAAUAACAGCUAAAUGUGAAAUAUAAAGAAACUAAGCAGGGUCUUUGGUUUCUCUGUUUACAGCAUUAGGAUUGUGGGAAAUGUGUCUCAGAGUGAUUUCUAGUCUGGACUCUUUGUGGAAUGUUGACGUUGGAAACGCACUGCCAUAUAAGGGCGUGUGAUGUCACAUCUUCUGCCCGUCCGGAUUGGCUCUCGGUGUUAACAUUUAAAGUUGUAUCAGCAAGGCUUUACUUUGAAUAUUAUAUUUUUGAUAGUAAUAUUUGAAUAUACAGUAUGCCCAGGGAGUUUGCGUAAACCACAUCCGCUUACGUUGAAGAAACAUUUUCCUAGUUUUUCUUGACUUCUUAUUUAGAAAUAUAUAUUGUGUAUAUAAAUGUACAUCCACUAAACCUUUUUUAUUAAUUUUGUCUUCACGUUCAUUACUUUCUCCCAGGAACCAACUGCUCUCAAUAAACAAUAUUUUUGUAGUAUCUAUCUGCUUAAUUCGAUGUAAUCUGUGAAUAGUCAAGUCUAGCUGCCCAAAAAGUAAAGUUCUUCAAGCGCUGCAUAGAGAUCAUGAAUCUUUUCCUUGUCAGCUUAGCUGUCUAAAACGCUUGCUUGGUUCUAUCCUAUAAGCAUGAAUGAUAAUCCUCUUAGUUUUCAUAUGCAAGUACUUUUCUAGUAACUUUUGAGGCAAUAUUUCUUGUUGGUUUACCAAACAAGGGAAUGAUGCCAAUAGCCAUGGACUCAGAGACUGUUACUGCAGUGCUUUCAUGGGAUAGUGCUUGAGGCCCAUUAACCCUUCGUAAUAAUGUCACACACAGCACCACACCCAAAUUAAGUGUCACGCAAGGUACCCAAAGACAAAGAGUUAUGUACAGCAUCAGUCACUCGUGUAUAUUUGCACUACAAAAUUAAAGAUCUGGGAUUUUGUAUGCAGUAUAUCAAUCUGACGUUAUCUGUGCAUUGACAUUCACAUUAUUAUGACAGUUUGACAAUAGCUUUGUGUGUGUGUGUGUGCGCGUGUAUAUUUAUAUAUAUUAUACAACAGUUUAUUCAUUAUUAGGUAGGAUAUGCUAUGUAAUGUGAUUGGGUGAUGUUACGAAAUUGAACAAAGGGGACAAACUGUACGUAACUUCAAGAAAAUGAAAAGAAAUGCCUGUUUUUAAACAUGUAAUUAUAAGGCGCAAACUAAAGAUUUAUAUUGAACGAUAUUACAAACAAGUUUUAUUUUCUUUGAUUUUUUUUUAAGAGUGUACAUUAUAUGUAAGCCUUGAGAAAUGUUCUCCCUGCAAAACUACACACAGUAGCAGAAUCUCUGUACUUAAUUGCUGUUAUAUCAGUGUGUCCAUGUACAUCUCUGUACUAUGUACUUGUGAAAGUGCCUUUAAAAACUGUUUUAGAGGAACUUCAUCCAAACGUCCUCUGUGCUGUGGCAUUCUUAUUUCAGAUCCAGUAUAAUGAGUUGCUAGGAUUACGGUAAAUAAAUUAUUACUAACGUUGUUCUGUUUAUUAAGUUGUUAGAAUGAUCAAAUAAUAAAGAUACUGCUUAUCCAUUGUGACAUUGCACUUUUAUGUGAGACUGUAUAUAUGGCAUGUAACAUCCUAACAAGUUGUAGAGCUCUUGGGGGACUGCGCCAUCUUUCUAAUAAAGAAUAUAGUUUGGUCAGUUCA